AUGCACGGGAUGUCGACGACCGGCAAAGGAACUCCGGCCAGAAUCGUUACGAUUCUACUUCUGAUACUGUCUGUCUUCUCUGUUUCUCUGGCCUACCAGCCGGGAGACAGAGUCCCGAUGAGCAAGAUGGGACAAUACCACUGUGCACGUUCUCUGCUUUCCCACCUCCUUCCUAGUUAUAUCUUUCCAAGUUGGAAGGGAAAAGAUUCAAACUCCGUGGCUGUUUCUGAUAAACAGGAAAAGUUCAGAGGUUCCAAUGAUCGACGUGCAUUUGAGGUAUAAAGGUGGUGAUUUGCAAGGGGUCAGUGCUGAAGUUGUAGAUAUGCCUCGUUACUACGUGGACAUAUACCCAGGCAUUCUUCACCAAUAUUGGGAUCCUCACCAUUGGCCCAAGCAUGUUCUCCUUAUAUACAAUUGGGAGGAAGAUUCUGAUGAUACAGAUGUCACUGCCGGUUUCAACGUCAAGAGGACUUUGUCAAUUGCGGGCCAUGAGCUGCUGCAUGCAUGGAUCCGCCUCGGAUUCUGAUGAUAUAGACGACGCGACCAUGUCGCUAUUAUUAUUAUUAAUUAAUGCUAGCUGCUGCUGGUAUGAAGGUUGGUGAUGGAGCUUCACAAGUUCACAUCAUGUAGUGAUUUCCUUUGGUUUAUCAGUUGUUGAUGUUGGAAAAAUUGGAUCGAAAUGCU